ACAGGAUGACAGGACAGAGCCGCCCGGUCGCCCUUUCUUCAUCUCCCAUCUUAAUUUCCUCGCAGCGCCGGCGCUCAUCUUCCGCUUUCUCCCUUACUCGCGCUCAGCACGCAGGCGACGGCGUCGGCGCUCAGGUCGGGCUCUGGGCGACGGCGUCAUCGGCUUCUCCUCCCGCCUCUCUCCAGUCGCCUCGCGCCCUCGCCUCCGGUCCUCCGCACACCGGCCGGUGACCCUGCGUGCGUGCCUCUCUCUCUCUCUCCCCCUUCCCGCCUCCGGUGGAUCGUCAACGCCGCCCGGCCCGGGUGGCAGCACCGCGCGCGACCUGAGGGGUGAGGGCAGCGGGAGCCAGCAGCCGCUGCUCCACCAAGGCGGUCGCGCCGCUUUUGGAGCGCUUAUGCCCCCCGGUCCGCUGAGCGCUUAGUGCAGUUUUUUUGGAACAUGAGACCUCCUAGCAGUGGCAAAAAGACUGAGGUCUCCCAUAGCGUGGGGAAAUGUGGGGUUUCUGAUCAAGCUUGUCAUGGCAAAUGCCAAAGCUGUGGCAUUGAUGCAAAACCUUUUUGUGCUGGAGUGAACGAAGUCUCCUUGUUGACUGGCAGUCACACUGAUGUGGAGGCCUCAAAAGAGAACCGUGGAGCAUGCAGUUUGAACAAUGAUCGUGCUGAUGCUCUAGAAGAAGAGGCCAAUGUUUCCACAGCUAGGAUAGGUCAUGUUGAGAGUGCUGACCCUGGUGGCUCUGUGGGUGUAGAAAAGGAAAUUUUCAUGGCUGUUAAUGAGGAGUCUGAGGGGGAGCAAGCUGGGGCAACACUGGAGGAUCUGUUUUUCUUUAAUGGUGAAGAGGAUGAUGACAGUGAUUGGGAACCUGCUAGUCGCCUUGUUGUGAAUAGAUGGUUUUGCUUGAACUGCACAAUGCCAAAUGUGGACAAGAUUACAUAUUGCAUGAAUUGCCGUGAGCUUCCAGGAUCUGUUGUAGAUGGAUAUGAUGUCUUCAAAAAGCAAAUUGCACAAACAGCUUUGUUAUCUGCUGACACAGGGUUGCUGCCAGUGUCUACGGCGAUUGGUUUUGAUGAAAGAAUGCUGCUCCACAGUGAGCAGCUAGAAGUUAAACCAAAUCCACAUCCAGAAAGACCGGAUCGCCUUCGCGCCAUUGCUGCAAGUCUUGCUGCUGCAGGGAUCUUUCCCUCAAAAUGUGCUUUGGUACCUCCUCGAGAAAUCACGAAGGAGGAACUUCUUAUGGUUCAUAGUCCAGACCACAUUGAAAGUGUCGAGCAGACAAAGAACAUGCUUUACAGUUACUUCACUUCGGAUACUUACGCAAAUGGACAUUCAGCAUGUGCUGCCAAACUUGCAGCUGGAUUAUGUGCUGAUCUUGCUAGUUUGAUAGUAUCUGGGCGUGUUCGCAAUGGCUUUGCGCUGGUAAGACCUCCUGGGCAUCAUGCAGGGGUGAAGCAAGCAAUGGGGUUUUGUCUUCACAACAAUGCAGCAGUAGCUGCGUUAGCUGCAAAAAGAGCAGGUGCCAAGAAAGUCCUCAUAGUUGACUGGGAUGUGCACCAUGGAAAUGGCACACAAGAGAUAUUCGACGGGGACAAAACAGUCUUGUACAUAUCAUUACAUCGUCAUGAGGAUGGAAACUUUUACCCUGGAACUGGAGCUGCUCAUGAGGUGGGAGUUCUUGAUGGUCAAGGAUUCUCAGUUAAUAUACCUUGGAGCCGUGGUGGUGUUGGAGAUGAUGACUACAUCUUUGCUUUUCAGACUGUGGUGCUUCCAAUAGCUUCAGAGUUUGCCGCAGACAUCACUAUAAUAUCUGCAGGAUUCGAUGCAGCUAGAGGUGACCCUCUGGGUUGUUGUGACGUCACUCCAACUGGAUACUCUUGGAUGACAUCCCUGCUAGCUGGUUCCUCAAAUGGAAGAUUGUUGGUGAUACUUGAGGGAGGAUACAAUCUCCGGUCGAUAUCCUCAUCAGCUACUGAAGUUGUUAAGGUCCUACUUGGGGAGGGUCCCAAUCGUGCUUCAUUUGUAGUUUCACCAUCAAAAGAGGCCUUGAGUACUGUUUCUCAAGUCCUGAAGAUUCAACAACAGUUUUGGCCAGUUUUAGGUCCAACAUACGCAUCACUACAGGCGCAGCAGGGGUCGGUUUCUUCCAAUCAUAGUAAUGAGCUGAAGAAAAGGAAGCGUCCAGGAGGAGGACCAGGGCCCUUCUGGUGGAAGAUGGGAAGCAAAAGGCUUCUAUACGAAGCGCUUAUUGAGCCUCGCAGCCGUCCGAGGAAACUCAAGGGGUCAACUGGUUCAGCAGCGCCUUAGACUUAGAUGGGCAGUUUGCUGGCCGUUGAUCUUCUAGACAUGAACAGGGUAGCUCGCUGACCGCGUUUCCUCAAGCAGAGUAGGCUGCGUUUACCUAGAAAACCUAGUUUUGGCUGGUUACUUGCAUGAUGGUCGACCGUUUCAGAUGGAGUUUGACAGCAAACCCGUUGUGUUAACCAUGCGUGGCGUAUCAGCCGAUGUUUCAUGCAUGCUACUGUCUUUUUCUUUGGUUGGUUUCGUACCAUAGAUAGACGUGUGUAGCGACCAUCGAUGGAAAAAAACCUUGCACAUCUGGAACGGCAUGCAUCUCAGUUAUUAGCCCCUGCUGUUGCACAUGCAUUUUUUUUUU